CAGUGCCACCGUCAUUGGAGAAGUGAAUUGUCGACAGCUAACUACGCUCUCAACAGCGUAGAUAAGCGGCAAACAGAGGGCUAACAUAACAAAUCAAAAUAUCAAAUAGUUGAAAACGGUACGUACUCGCAACUGGUGGAAGAGCCACGGAAAUAUUUGUCAAUCGCUUUAAAUAACUACCAAACUACUCUCAAGUUAACUAUAGUCGCUCAACCAUAGCGGGAAACUUAAAUCAAUUCACACUCAAAACAACUUAUGUUUUUGGUAAUACAACAAAUCUGUUCUCAAUUAUUUUCCAACAAGAACGUGAGCGUUUUUUUUUUUUUCAAUACGGAAUGUUUAUUUAAAGAAUGUUGACGAAAUUAAAUACUUCAUGUAACUGAAAACAAUUCAUCCCCCCAGCCGAAUAAGAAAAAAAUGAAAACAAAGCGCUGCCACCAGCAAGAAAUAGCAAAAAAUAAAGCAAAAUAAUAAUUAAACAAAAAUAAUUAUAAAGAAAAGUGAAUAUAAUAACAAAGUAAUUCACGGCAAAGUACGUCUAAGUACCGGUGUGAAUAAUUCAUAAUACCAAGCCAGAGACUAGCGGGUGCUUGUUUUUGUAGUUUUUUUUUUUUUAAUUAUUUUUCCAAUUUAACAAAAGCCUGUGUAAAAGGGCAUUUAAUGCGAGACGAACAAACUGGGUGACUACGUCACAUCGGUAUCUUGCCAAUUAUGCAAAUAUUUUUCAACUGCCGCUGAUUAGAUAAAAGUGAGGAGAAAAUUCAAAGGCAUCAUUGCCAGCAUCGUUAUCAUCUUCAAAUACUUGAACAUAUCCACUAGCAACAAUAACAACAACAAAUAGUUAUCACCUAUGGGCAAGUGUAUAUCGAAAAAUCCAACAUCUCUUACGAUAGCAUUAUCUGAAAAAGAUUUGGCAACAGCCAGCCAUAUUUUAAGUAAAUUCAACGAAAGUUCAGAGUAUAUUGCACUUAAGGACAAGCAUAGGAAUCAAUUAUGCGAGUACUUUGCUGUCAACGAUGCUUGUGCACCAUCAAAUGGCAGUGGCGAGGUGGUUGUCGUCCAUAGAGCAGACGUCGGGCCAAAGGCCAAGGGGCAUCUUCUACAGGCACACAGAUGCGAACACAUUGCACUGGAUGCGGACGGACAACAAGUUUGGCAUCUUUCAUCGCAACAAGAAAAUAACCACGAAAACACUUGUUUACAUUCACCGGACCAUGGAACGGCUGUGUACCGACUGCCCAACAAGAGCAAUGAUGCAUUUGAAAACAACGUUGCCGAUGAUAAUGACGACGACAACAAUGCGGCCCAACGAAAUGACGACUGUAAUGACUAUGGAGACGUCAUAGAGUCUGUUGUGGACGAUGACAGUAGUUAUACUACAAUUGCAAUUGUUGGGUCUGGAGACUCUUGCCAUCACAGCGAUUCGCUUACAAAUAAAUAUUUCGCCACAAUGAGUAUCAUCGACAACAAUGGCGACAGCAACAAUAACAAUAUCACCAACCUUGCCAAUAAUAACCACCACCACCGCCAAAGUACUAACAACAAUAAUUAUUUCGUUGAUGUACCACAAAACUUGACGGAACUACUCCUCUAUCAUCAUCAUCAUCGUCCUCAUCGUGGCGCACAAGACGAUGACACCACACAACAAGCUGUCUUGGCCAUGGCCAACCGAAAUCAACAUCGGGAGGAGCAGGAGCAGGAAUGUCCCGCAAAACGGAUAAACAGUUCUAAGAAGAAAUUGAAGAAAUCAAAAGAAUACAAUUACGUCGAGGACGCCGAAAAUUCCACGGAACAAAGUGCAAAGGGUCAAACCGAAAGCAAAAGGCAUUCAAAGAAACACAAUGCAGGUGAAAUUCAAACCAAAGGUACGGCCAUGUCUUUUGGAUUUCGCAAAAAUCUCAAUACAACGCCUAAGAAAUUGAAAAAAUUGCUAAAGGGAGAAAACGGCAAAAAGAAACAGGAUAAAUGUAAUAAUGUCUGUACGAAUGACACAGAAGCUGACAUUUCGGCUGAGCAAAUUGAUUCGGCUGGUUAUGAUACAGCAGACAAUGGCACGAAGUUCGCUCAAACCAAUGCUGGAAAUGAUGGGAAAAGUACAACAGGUAUGACAACAACCAACCCAACAAUGACGAAGGACGAUAAUGGCAAUGCAGAUUUACUCAACAAUGUUCACUUUGAUAAAAUGGGAGCAGUGGCCGCAAACAACUUGAACUCUGGCAACACAUCAACAGUCACAAACAAUACAACAGGGUUGUUGACGGGCGUUGGAGGUGGUGGUGGCGGCGGUAAUGGAAAUGUUCUACUACCUGGUGCCGGCAGCCGCUUUGGCUAUCGUGGGCCAAUACGACCAUCAUCUACAGAUAUAACAUCUCGUUGUAAGAACGAAACGAACGAUAACGUUGAGAAAAAUAACAAUGCAACAGCAGGAAACAACAUCAAAGGACAACUCGUGAGUAACUUGAAACGUCGCUCAAAGAGCGCACAUGCCGGACGUACACCAUCCACAUCCAAUGAAAGCGAUACCGAAGCAAGUGCUGCACCUCGUGCCACUCAGCCCAAGACGAUAACAUUCAAUUUGAAACAAAACAGCACCAUAGAGUAUGACAGGCGUCAGUUCUUUGAGCAGCCAUCUAUGUCUGGUAUAAGUGGUCGCCAUGGCUAUGGAGGAAUGGCAAACAGUAAUGUCAUUACAACGGGCAUGCACAACAAUGUCAUACUACGGCCCACAGCCAGACUGCCAUUGGCCUCAACGACAACGGCUCCGGCAACAACAACUGCAACAGCUUAUACCAAAUACACUCUUCAGACAGUCAGUUUACCAAAGCCGGAAUUUGCUGUACCCAUUAGCAUUAAUGUAUCGACGCCAACAACACCAGCCAGCACUUCAUACAAUUCCUCCUCAUCGACAUCGUCACGCCCCCGAGACAAUUCAUGGAACCGUCCACAGCAUCCACUGACAGUGGCCCAGUCAACCGCUCCACGUCUGGAUUCCAAAGCAGCCAAACAUAUGACAAACAGCACACGACGAACAUUCUCCGGCAGCCGAGAGAUUUCUGCUGAUUCGGGUAUUGCUAGUCUUGACAUGGCUCUCGACAGUUCCGGUUCCAGUCGAAUGAGUUCUGGCGCCCACAAAUCAUCUCCGAAACGAAGUCGCAGUCGUCCACGUAAUUUGCAGAUGGUUAUGAAUGGUCGCCAUCGUUUCGAGGUGAGAGAUUUGGAUGACUCCUUGUCGAGUGGAGAUAGUUCUAUUGUUGAACCUUUGGCCUUACCAAAGUUGCCAACUGAAAAUCAAACUGUGCCACUACCGCUUAGCGGUUUGAUACGCUCCAAUACGGUAUUGAGUCGUGAAUCCUAUGAGUCACGCAAUGCUGAAAAUAAACAGAAACAAACAGUAAAAUUGGAUACUGAUUUGGGUAACAUAAGUCAAUCAACAUCGAGGCAAGCUUCGGAGGAAGAUAGUGAAUUUGUUGACGAGGAAAAGCUACAUCUGGAUAGAUCGGCCACGGAGAAAGGAGCAAAGGAACGUCAAUUCAAAGACAUCAAUACAUGUUCCAGUAAAACAUCGUCACCCGGAAGUUCAAUUAUUUCAUCGUGGUGUAAUGCAGGCGAGUCAUUGGCAGCGAAUGAUUUUAGUACGUUAAGUUUGGAUAGCAGUGAGGAUAGCAAUAAGCAGGACAAUAAACUCCUAGAGGAGAAAAAGGAAAGCGCACGUAAUCUGUCGUUUGAAAUUAAUGAUGAUGACCUGGUCACACUAAAUACCGAUGUACAAAUCAGCACAUUAUCUUCACUAACUGAACCUGUUACGCUCAACGAUGAAAUCGAUGCUUUACCAAAAGAAUCCACAAAACUAGAUGUACUAUCCGAUAACGUCAUGGACGAUAUGGUGGAACGCCCGAAAACCCUUUGCAACUCAUUGAAUGAGACUAAAUUUGCCGAAAUGGCCUUGGAGGGUAGCACAUUUCUAUUGGAUGACGAAACUUCACCUACUGACAGCUUGGUCAGUAGUAGCGAAUCCGAAGGAGCGGCCUGCAAACAAAAGAAACACAAAAUCAAUGAGGAAUUGCAGGAGAAGGAUAUCGAUGAAAUUUCGCCAGAAUUAGACUUGGCUAGCCCUCUAUCGCCCGGUACUCCAACUCACUGCUCGCGUUCUCUGUCUCUCUCGGACUGUGGUAAUUUAAUUGAUGAUGAGAUAGCCGAUCAGCCGGCUCUACUAUUCAAUCAAGAAUCACAGGAUGGUGGGGCAGAGAGCGGCGCAUCGCGCAGAGAUCGAACCGAUACACCAACUCUGAUGGAGAGUUUAAGUUCGUUGCGCAACUCCAUACACAGCCAAACGAAUAGGUCACGCAGUGCCCUAUACCAAGCAAUGGAGUUGAGUUUGCGUACACCUCUGUCGGUGCGCAAGGCAGUGAUGGAACGGGCUGAGUCGCUCGACACACUCUCGCCAUGUGAAUCAAUUUGUUCCGAUGAUUUGAUGAUGGAUUUUGAUAUGGCCAGCAGCAUGGAUUCGAUUGAUAGAUCGGUGUCCAUUAAAAGUCGCAGUGGUUCUGAUUUAAAUAAAAUUGAUGACAGUGAGCUGUUCUCCGAGCUAGAUCGCAAAGGCAGCGAUGUUAUGAAAGAGUUGAAUAAUCUUCUGAGAAAUAAUUCCAAGAAAAACAAAGAUCGAGAUAUAACUGCUCACUUGCCUGCACGUGCAACCCGUUUAUUGAAUCGUUCUCGCAUGCAGCAGCACUGUACCUUGAAUAACGAUAACGAUUCCGACAGCACAAGAUCUCCAUUAAGUUCAAGACGUCACCAUAACACGGCCACAUCGUCACGUAAUUCCACAGUAUCAUCAGUGGCCAACAACUACAAUAAUCAGGGCAACAACAGCAGUGGUAACAAUACAGCCAGCUCAUCGUUGCAGCGUAGACAUCAGAAGCAGAAACAGCAUCAACAUCACCAUCCAGCAUCGUCAUCUUCAUCGGCCGCCUACCAUCAGCAUCAACGCGAUACGCACAGUUCGUCGGACGAUCUCAUGUUGUAUGAUAAAUCGUUUAGGAAUGCUAUGAUCCAAGAUGUGCUGCAGUUCAAGAAGCAAUUGUUACGUUUGCGCAAAAUACUGCAGGAGAAUGAAAAUUGUUUGACGAGGACCGAAACUCUCAAUCCAUUCGAGAAUGAUAAUGGACAACUAUUUACAUCCUGUGGCUUGGACAGCAAAUUGUUGGACGACAUCGAUUUGGCCAGCCUAACAUCAUCGACCACAGAUGACCCGGUGCAGGAACUCUCGGAUCUACGAAGACAGGUGGUUUACCUUCAGGGUCAAGUUGAUGAUCGUGAUCGCACAAUACGUUUGCAGAAAAAUCUCAUUGAACAGCUGGAGGCGGAAAAACAUAAAACGGCUCCAACUAGUGUUGAAGCCCCAAAGGAAUGUGUUACCACGGCAACUCAAACUGAAAGGACUCGUCCUUUGUCGAUUGGCAUGGAGGGUUUAUCGAGAAGUAAGCCGGAAUAUACCAGUUAUACAACAUAUUUUCCGGCCCUCAAUGGCACAACGGUCAUCCAGCAACAACAUCAUAAUUCUGGGCAACAAAAUCCUGGUAAUAUGACACAAAAUAAUAACAAUAAUAAUCAAACUCGACGUCAUACAGUUAUUUCGACCACAUUAUCGAAUUAUAAUCAACAAAUGUUUUCACAACCAACCAUUAUGAAUUCGAACAAAGUUCCAGAGCGUCGGGCAUCGAUUGCAUGGGACAAACCAAUUGCACCCUCAUAUAAACCUGUGAAAAUUACUUUAAUUGGCGAUCCUUUGAAACAGUGGAGCAGCAGUGGCUGUGUCAAUAAGUCACAACCAAAAUGCGAAGAAGAAGAAGAAGAAAAUGUCAAGAAUUGUAAUAGUAGUAAUGGCCAACAAAAACAGCGGGAGUAUCAUGAAAAACAGUAUGAACAAAUAAGCAAAAACACCCUAAUAAAUGGGAAAUGCAAAAGCGAAGACUGUCGCCCAGUAAAUACUCAUAGUUCUAAACCGUUACAGGAUAUUGUAAAAGCCAAUGAAUUGUUUAGCCAGACAACAUCUGUGCCGCCUACUCAGCAUCAGCCAAAAUACCAGCAGCAUCCGUAUCAUCAGCAUCAAAAUCAUGCACAGCAGCAUCAUCAUCAUCAUUCACAUUCACAUCAUCACAAUAAUCAUAAACCAACAGUUACUAUAGUUUAGUUUUCAACAACAACAACAAGAACAACAAUUAUGAUUAUUUUAAUUAAAUGGACAACACUUAUUGUUAUUAAAUCAACGCACACAAUUAUGAAAAAGAACUAUAUAUUUUCGCAUAACAACUAAACACAGAUUCUGGUAUCUGUAACAACACACACACAAACAACAAUAACAACAAGCAUAAUAGUAACAACCUGUUAAUUCGCCUUUAAACAAACAUGCAAAACCAAAAACCCCGUUAUGUACAAUAUAUAAAUCCUGCCCAAAUUUCCAACCUCCCCCCAUUAACAAAAUACUCUAAUUACCCAAACUCUCAUUAACCUUUUCUAUCUUUCAAAAAUGAAUCUUUGCUAAAAUGAAGAGAAAAACAAAACAACAAUAACAUUC